GUGUUCGCCAUUCGAUAUUGUGAGCAUGGCGGGUGCGCAGACGAGAAAGCUGGCCCUUCUGGCCGGGAUCCUGGUGCUGGUGGGCCUGGUCGGGGCCUCCCUGCACCGCAUACCCGUCCACCGAUCGCCGAAGUUCACGCGCAGCCACAAAACCAUCGUGGCCGAGAGGGACUUCAUCCAGCGCAAGUACAGUCGCCAGUACACCGCCAACGGCUAUCCCGUGGAGCAGCUGUCCAACUUCGACAACUUCCAGUACUACGGAAACAUCAGCAUUGGAACGCCGUCGCAGUACUUCCUGGUGCAGUUCGACACCGGCUCGGCGAACCUCUGGGUGCCGGGCAGCUCGUGCACGAGCACCGCUUGCCAGGACCACCAGGUCUUCUACGAGAGUCAGUCCAGCACGUAUGUGGCCAACGGAACGAGCUUCUCCAUCACCUACGGAACCGGCAGUGUCUCCGGCUACCUGUCCGUGGACUAUGUGAGCUUCGCCGGCCUGACGGUGCGCAAUCAGACCUUCGGCGAGGUCACCACCGAGCAGGGCACCAACUUCGUGGACGCCUACUUCGACGGCAUACUGGGCAUGGGCUUCCCCAUCCUGGCCGUGGACGGUGUGACGCCCACGUUCCAGAACAUGGUGAGCCAGGGCCUGGUCCAGAGCCCCGUCUUCUCGUUCUUCCUGCGCGACAACGGCAGCGUUGUGAACUACGGGGGCGAGCUCAUCCUGGGCGGCUCGGAUCCCUCGCUCUACAGGGGCGACCUCACCUACGCGGACCUCGUCCAGGCGGCCUACUGGAAGUUCCAGACGGACUCCAUCGCGAUCGGCAGCACCCUCAUCAGCACCUACGACGCGGCGAUCGCGGACACGGGCACCUCCUUGAUCAUAGCCCCCGUGGCGGAGUACACUGCGAUUGCCGCUCUCUUCGGCGCCGACUCCGAGGGAACCUUCGAGUGCACCAGCCUGGACGCGUACCCCGACUUUGUGGUCACCAUCAGUGGCGUGGACUUCAGGAUCGCGGCCAAGUACUACAUCAUCCAGGAGAACUACUUGUGCUCGCUGGCCAUCCAGUCCAUUUCGUCCCAGGACUUCUGGAUCAUGGGCGACGUGUUCUUGGGCCGCUUCUACACCGAGUUCGAUGUGGGCAACCAAAGACUGGGAUUCGCUCCGGUCAGUGCCGCGGUUUCGCCAAGGCAACUGGCUCUGGGGCAGAUCCUCGGCUUAGUUCUGGCGUGUGGAGUGUGGAAACUGUGGCAGUAAUAUUCUUAUGUGUCAUAAAAUCAUUGCCCAAAGUAUUAUUCUAAAACUAAAACGAAAUAAGUGAGAUUCUUAAUGUAGUUUAACAUUUUUUUUGGGGUUUCUCCCUAGACCUAAGAACUUUGCCAUGCACUAAAGAAAAUACAGUUAAUGGAUAUUCAAAAA